AUGUUGCUCCCGGCUCCCAUCUCGAGAUAUGUCAGAUCACUUCGGUCUUUGAGCCAAAAGUGGCGGAGCCACACCGAGUCCCGACAAUAUGACGGCACCGAAGAUUCGCUUGCUCAUCGACUGACUGAUGUCGUUCUUCGGACCUGGGACUUGGGAUUCAUUGCGUUUGGUGGACCACCUGUUCAUUUCCAGAUCUUGCAUCGCAGGUUUGUGGAAGGGAAGGGUGGAAAAGAGAAAUGGGUGGAUGAACAGACUUACCAAGAGCUUUUUGCUAUCUGCCAGGGACUUCCUGGUCCUGGUAGUACGAAAAUGCUGUUUUGUCUCGUCCUCCUGCACGCGGGAUUCAUUCCGGCCAUUAUGGCGUUCCUGAUCUGGUGUCUCCCUGGAGCGGCAGGCAUGUAUGGUCUCUCAGUUGGUAUUCAAAACCUUAGUACGACUCUCCCAGCUCCAGUCUACGCUCUCCUUUCUGGACUGAACGCCGCGACCGUUGGUAUCGUCGCGGUUUCUGCAGUACAGCUCGCGGAAAAAGCGAUUCAUGAUAAGAUCUCACGCAUUCUGAUCAUCUUUGGAGCAUGUGCGGGUCUCUGCUUCAACGCUUUGUGGUAUUUCCCUGUCCUGAUGGUCAUUGGCGGUCUUGCUAUCGCUGUUUGGGAUGGGUGGCUGUACUCCCAGGUACAGAAAGCAAAGAGAGCUUGGAAAAAUAGGCACAACCCUCCAGUAGAUUCUGAGGAGGCCAACUCGAACAACUUGGAAUUGGAGCCUACAAUCCAGACACCAGCGGAGCUAAACGAAGGUGUGCGAUCAAGGAAACCGAAUCAGGCUGAAAACCUACCACGGGCCUCUGGGGCGGUUGCGGGAUCGACAAGGUCAAGAGAGACUGAAGCCAGCCAAUCGCCGAAAUAUCGCGUUCGAGUGCGGACGGGAAUUAUCAUUUUCGUUACCUUCUUUGCUUCUUUCAUCGCCAUCCUUGUCGCAAGAGGCAAACUGUCACCUCCACCACUUGCACUUGAUCUGUUUGCCAGCAUGUACCUCGCCGGAACUGUGAUCUUCGGUGGAGGCCCAGUUGUGAUUCCUCUCCUCCGAUCUUACGUUGUUAGUCCAGGUUGGGUUUCUAGCCGUGAUUUCCUGAUUGGUCUGGCCAUCAUCCAAGCUUUCCCGGGACCUAACUUCAACUUUGCCGUCUUUUUGGGCGCACUGGCGUUACAGCACUCGCAGUUCCCUACUGUCUUUGGCGCAUUUCUCGGCGGAGUGGGCAUCUUCGUCCCCGGAAUUACUCUGGCGGUUGCGAUUCAGAGCUUCUGGAGUGUGCUGCGGACGAGAAGAUCUGUCAUUCGCUUCCUGCGGGGUGUUAACGCUACUGCCAUUGGUUUGGUCUUCACUGCCGUGUACCGACUGUGGGAGAUUGGGUACUUGACUCCUUCCAAUAGCGCUGGACAAAGCCUGGCGAAUGAUCCGUGGUGGUUGGUGGUCACCACUCUGUCGUAUGCAGGCAACGCAUGGUUCCAUCUUCCCCCCGCCGUGUCGAUUGUUCUUGGCGCGAUACUUGGGCUGUGCUGGUAUGGAGCUGUUGGGCGGUAA